UGCCCGUGUGGACCAAUUUCUACACCGACUCCACGGUCCAAAACAUCGACAAUGACCACUACGAGGUGCCUUCCGUCGUCAUGCAGACCGCCGCCAGCCCUACCAACUCCCGCCAGCUCGUCGUCCCCUGGGUCGCCGACCCCGCCGACGUAAACCAGUACUUCUACGUCCUCCAUAUCUCUGAGAUCUUUGACCUCGCCAGCACCGACGAGUCGCGCAGCUUCGACAUUCGCAUUGACAAUAUCUUGAUUGGGAACUUGACCCCGGACUACCUCUAUUCGGACGCUGUGCUCAGCACCCUGCCCCUCGUUCCGUCGCCGUCUUACAACAUCACACUUGAUGCUCUGAGCAGCUCCACCCUUCCGCCCAUCCUCAACGCCGUCGAGGUAUACUCAAAGAUGCGAGAUCAAAAUGUGGCGUCUGAAGAAAAGGACGUUGAUGCCAUGAGGACCAUAAAAUCAUCAUAUCAAAUCAAGAAAAAUUGGGUGGGAGAUCCGUGUUCACCACAAGCUUUAGUUUGGGAUGGAGUAAACUGUACUCAUAACAUCUCAAAUCCUCCAAGGAUCACUACUUUGGAUCUAUCAUCCAGUGGAUUGACCGGUGAAAUAGUCAAAUCUUUUUCCAACCUUGGUGCAAUUGAAUACUUGGACUUGUCUUACAACAACUUGACAGGGACUAUCCCCCCUGUCCUAGCAGAAUUAACAUCCCUCAAAGUUCUAGAUUUAACAAGCAACCAGCUAAAUGGAUCAAUUCCUUCUGCCCUACUUGAAAGGUCACAAAAUGGAUUUUUGACUUUAAGAACUGAAGGUAAUCCAUCUCUUUGUGACAAUGGAACUUCAUGUGGAGCAAUGUCAAGAUCAGGGAAGAAGAAACUAGCAACAUCUACGAUUGCCUUUCUUUGUAUGGUUCCGAUUUUCAUUCUGCUUGUAGUGAUGGCUAUAAUUUGGAGGCUGAAAAGGCCACAGGGGAAUCAAGUCUCCUCCAAUCAAGUAAAAGGCCAACAUCAUGAUUCAUUGGAACUGGAGAUUCGCCAAUUUACGUACCUGGAGUUGAAGAACAUAACUAACAACUUCAAUAAAAUCCUAGGCGAAGGAGGAUUUGGGAUUGUCUUCUUUGGGUGCUUAGAAGAUGGCGCUCAAGUUGCAGUCAAGAUGCAAUCUCAAACAGCAUCACAAGGAGCCAAAGAAUUCCUUGCUGAGGCCCAGCACUUGGCAAGGGUUCAUCAUCGCUAUUUAGUUUCUAUGGUGGGCUACUGCAUCGAUGGAGACUAUCUAGCACUUGUAAUUGAGUAUAUGCCACAAGGAACUCUACUUGAGCAUCUGCGAGGCAAAAGAGUUGGGACAAGAACUUUAAGUUGGCGACAGCGUCUCCAAAUUGCACUUGAAGCUGCUCAAGGACUGGAGUACUUGCACUCAGAAUGCAAGCCACCACUAAUUCAUAGAGACGUUAAGUCUGCAAAUAUUCUUUUGAGUGAGAAUCUGGAGGCCAAGAUAGCAGAUUUUGGGCUGUCAAAAGCUUUCGAUAGUGGGACAAACACCCUAUCAACAAAAGUAAAGGGAACUCCAGGAUAUCUUGAUCCAGAGUACAACGUUUCCUUGCAGCUCAGUGAAAGAAGUGACAUAUUCAGCUUUGGAGUAGUUCUCUUAGAGCUGAUCACAGGGCAACCUCCGAUUUUGCGAACUCCUGAGAACAUACAUAUAGCUCAAAGGGUGCGCCAAGAGUUUGCCAAUGGAAAAAUUGAGGAACUUGUUGAUGCUAGAUUACAAGGGAAUUAUGACAUAAACUCCGUUUGGAUGUGUGCUCAGGUCGCACUAGAUUGCACCUUGUUGUCAUCCCGUGAGAGACCACUCAUGACCCAAGUUGUGACACGGCUAAAAGAGAGCUUGGUACUAGAGACCUCCCAUGGUAGGACUGAGAACCCAGUCACUUGCAGCGAGAACUUGGAAGUCAGCAAUGCAAGCCAGACUAGAAGUGGCGCCCUUCGUAUAGAAGAUAUUGCAAGAAUGUCAGCUGAUGUAAGUGGUCCAUCGGCGAGAUGAUGUUAGGGCAGUCGAGUCUCUUCCAACUGAAAGCUUUGUGUUACCAUCCACAAGGCAUUUGAACUUAUUGUUGUUUCAGCUUUACGAAUCUUUGAAACGAGCCUAUAUGAACGUCGAGAUUAUUCUGUAAUGUGCGCCAGUAGAUGUUCAGAUUUUCAAGUUA